UAUUACCACCAGGCAGACAGACUGACAGAAUUAGUACAUUAGAAAAAAUGUACAAAGGGCAGCUGACAUUUAAGAUUCAGGAUAUCAGGUUCAUCGACAUGGUCGACAUCACCAAGCUUCAAGUUCUAUUGCACCGUGGUAUUAAUGAUAUGUCAGUGCUGGAUGAUUGCAGAUUAUUGAGUCCAACCCCAAACAUUUAACUUUCAAACAUUCACAUUUGAGUAGCUGCAACCAGAUUUUUAAAAUAUUUUUAUCUUAAAAAUUAGAAAUAACUUGUUGCAGCAUCACGCUUCCUAUAAAACCUACACUUUAGUAAUAAUCAAGAACGUGUACACGCAGAAAAUUAACAUCAGCACUGCACAGAUUUUAUUUUUCUACACAAUUCUGUAAGAUAUUCUGUUAUGUAAGACGCAGUUGCUGCUGGUGGGUGCAAUAUACACAACGUUGCCUCGGGAGUUUUGGAAUAUGAAAAAUGUUCAUUUUCGGACCUGCAGUACUGAAAGUGUUCACAAAUGGAAGACAGGUGGAGAGCCACAGUUUGAGUCCUGAUCGCCUGAUGCCUUGUUGUCCGGUCGGCAGAAAACUUCCAGUAGCUUCUGUUGAAAGACAAAUGAGAGGCAGAAGCAGCAGUAGCAGAGGGGAGGAUGGCAUUCGGCUGAUCACAGGGAACUAAAGUUGGCCAUGGAGAAAUUGAAAGGUCCCAACGUAGCAUGCACCAAAGCCAACUGUGGAUGGAGAGCCCUGCUUCUCCCGCAACUGAACAGACAGUCCCUGUACGUGUACGGCAGCGAGGUGGCCGUGGAGAAGGAGUGUAUGCGACAGCUGGAGAGUGGAGUCUUUGUCAUUCACCCUUUCAGCCUCAUGAGGAGUUACUACAUCUUGAUCAUGAUGGUCAUCACAUUUCUGAACCUGAUUGGGAUUCCCAUGGAGAUAGCCUUUCUGGACGGAAACAGCGGGCUGGCAUGGGAAGGCUUUAACGUGUUUUCAGACACUUUGUUCCUAAUAGAUGUGGCACUGAAUUUCCGGACGGGGAUCAUAACCGAGGACGCAGAGGAAGCAAUUCUGGAUAUCAAGCGGAUCCGAGUCAGCUACCUGAGGACAUGGUUCAUUCCAGACGUUAUAGCAGCUUUCCCAAUUGGCUACAUACUGCUGUUUGCGGGACUACAUUACCACAACGAUGACAACCCCUCCAAGACCAACAAGAUGAUGAGGAUACUGAUGUUUGUGCGGAUCCUCAGUUUAAUCAGGCUGGCUCGAGUCUCCAGACUGGUCCGGUUCUUCAACGAAGUGGAGAAAGUGUCAAAUGCAAACCUGGAGGUGGUUCGCCUGUUCAUCCGCAUCAUGUCUCUCUUCACAAUGAUUUUCCUGCUGUGCCACUGGAACGGAUGCAUCCAGUAUUUUGUGCCUAUGCUGGAGGAGUUUCCCAACGACUGCUGGGUCCGCAAAGAAAACCUGAUGAAUGCCACGGUCAUCGUUAAGUACUCAUGGGGUGUUUUCCGAGCUCUCUCCCAGAUGAUUGCUCUCUCUUAUGGCUCCAUGGAUGCUCCAACAAAUUAUGUUGAAAUGUGGAUCGUCAUGGUCAGCAUGGUGUCCGGAUGUCUGAUGUACACCGUCCUCGUGGCCAAUGCGACAGCCAUGAUCGCCAACCUUGACCCAGCGGCCAAGGAGUACAAGAGCAAGAUGAGCCGUUUGGAGCACUACAUGGCCUUCAUGAAGCUCCCUCCAGAGUUGCAGCUUCGCCUCAACAAUUACUACCAGGCUCGCUAUGGAGGGAAGUGGUUUGAUGAGAAGGACGUCAUGGACACCGUGUCCUCAGCACUCAAAGAGCAAAUCGUGACAGUGAUGUGCAGCCGGCUGCUGAGAAACGUGCCGAUGUUUCAGAACAGAGAUCAAAGCUUCAUCAACACCGUCCUCCUCAAACUGCAGUACGAGGUUUUCCAGGAAGGAGACAUCAUCGUCCGACAGAAUGUCCCGGGCGACCGCAUGUUCUUCAUCGAUCACGGCCAGGUCCUUGUGGAGACCGAUUCCUAUGAAAGGGAACUGUGUGAUGGAGACUUCUUUGGAGAGACAUGUGUGCUGAACAAGGGCAAACAUCUGGCCACAGUGAAAGCACUGACCGACUGCCAGUGUUUCUCUCUGUCCUGGGACGACUUUCAGGAUGCGCUGGAGGGCUUCCCAGAUGUCAGGAAGGACUUGGAAAAAUUGGCUCUGCUCAACUCUGAUGGUGGACUCGUGUAAGAACAAAAACAGCACUUGGAAUUACAGUAUUACCUAAAAGGACGACGCGUUUCAUGGGCAUUUUGGGUAGUUGCGUCAUGGACCAUGAGACUCACCCACAUGGACGCCAGUUGGACUCUUAUUCAAGGACAUUAUGGAAAGUUUUAAAGUCUUUCAAUCUAGGAGUUAUUAUGUCUGCUGAUCCAACAGUUAUCAGUAAUAAACAAGACUAAACAUGGUGAAGGA